GUCACUCCAUAAAUAUAUAAAUAUGAGUUUUCUCAUUUGCACUUUAAUAUAUAUAUAAGCUUUUAGUAUCAUCUUAGGGGAAGGAGGCACGUUUCUUCCUUCCCACUGCCAAAUACCACAAAACUCACCGAAGAUUCAACGUGGUUCAUUGAAGGGAAAAGCCAAGAACUGCUUGAAUUCAAAGAGGUUGAAAUUUCAAGCAGGGGAAGAUGGAUUAUGUUUAUGGACCCGGAAGAAACCAUCUCUUUGUUCCAGGACCUGUCAACAUCCCUGAACCGGUCAUUCGGGCAAUGAACCGAAACAAUGAGGACUACCGUUCUCCUGCCAUUCCAGCAAUGACAAAAACUCUGAUUGAGGAUGUCAAGAAGAUUUUCAAAACUAGCACUGGAAUCCCAUUUCUUAUCCCCACAACUGGUACUGGUGCAUGGGAGAGUGCACUGACAAAUACGUUGUCUCCUGGGGAUCGUAUUGUAUCUUUCCUGAUUGGCCAAUUCAGCUUGCUUUGGAUUGAUCAGCAGAAACGCCUCAACUUUAAUGUUGAUGUUGUAGAAAGUGACUGGGGCCAGGGUGCCAAUCUUGACAUUCUGGAAUCAAAACUUGCUUCAGAUACAGCACACACCAUAAAGGCAAUUUGCAUUGUUCACAAUGAGACAGCAACUGGGGUCACCAACAACUUGGCCAAAGUGAGACAAAUUCUCGAUGACUACCAGCAUCCAGCCCUUCUUCUUGUUGAUGGAGUGUCUUCCAUUUGUGCUCUUGAUUUCCGUAUGGAUGAAUGGGGAGUGGAUGUGGCCUUAACUGGCUCCCAGAAAGCUCUUUCCCUUCCCACUGGGAUAGGUAUUGUCUGUGCAGGCCCUAAAGCCCUUGAGGCUUCAAAAAAGGCUAGAUCCGUUAGAGUUUUCUUUGACUGGAAUGACUAUUUGAAAUUCUACAAGUUGGGAACCUAUUGGCCUUACACUCCUUCCAUUCAGUUGCUGUAUGGUCUGAGAGCAGCUCUUGACCUGAUUUUUGAGGAAGGACUUGAAAAUGUGAUUUUAAGGCACAAACGUUUAGGCACAGCGACCAGGCUUGCAGUAGAGGCAUGGGGUUUGAAGAACUGCACCCAAAAGGAAGAGUGGCACAGUGACACUGUGACUGCUGUUGUUGUUCCUCCUUACAUUGAUAGCUCUGAAAUAGUUAGAAGGGCAUGGAAGAGAUAUAGUUUGAGCUUAGGACUGGGAUUAAACAAAGUUGCUGGAAAGGUUUUCAGAAUAGGACAUCUUGGCAACUUGAAUGAGUUGCAACUAUUGGGUUGUCUUGCUGGUGUGGAGAUGGUACUCAAGGACGUUGGUUACCCAGUAAAGCUUGGAAGUGGAGUUGCUGCUGCUAGUGCAUACUUACAGAACAAUACUCCUCUCAUCCCUUCCAGGAUUUGAAUCACAAGCCAUUCUUGUAAUUAGUUUUCUUUCAUGGUUUUCUGUAAUAUAUGCAUAUUGUUCCCUUUUUGCACUCUAUUCGAGGCUGAACUUAUUCAGAUAUUACUUCUUUCAUUGUCCUUUA